AGCGUCAUUUUGAUAUUCGGAUGGCUGGGAGCAUAUCCCAGGCAAUUGCGGAAUUAUACCAAUGCAUAUGCCAAAUUAUACCCCAAAGCGUCUCAGAUCGUCGUUCAGUGCAAUCGCGACUUGCUCUGGACUACAAGCAGUGCUAGGUCACGGAGGCUCAAGCCUGUCAUCGAUGCCUUAGAAGCGCUGCAUUGCUUGCCAUCUUCUUCUUCUGCCCAACGGACCCGCGCGAAUACUUACACAUCUAAACCUUGUACGGCAACACCAGGAGGUUCCCUGCAAAUGACACUUCUUGGACACAUGCUACGGCGGAAAUAUGGUUCCACAUCAGUUCUAGGGUCAUCUGCGAGCGCAUUGAUCCUUGACUCGUGCCCAGCAGCGGGUGACCUAAAAUCAAUCAAACUCGCUGUUAGAACUGUCAUCCGGAACCCAAUCGCCAGACGCAUCGUGCUCGCAAUCGUACACACGAUAUAUUCCAUCCGCUUCGGACUCUCUUUGCUGUUCGGUAAGCAAAUGAUUAUGCUAGAAAACCUCCAAACCGAAAUGUGGAAUCCGCGCAUCUUGCCAUGGAUGGGCCUCCACACACCCCGCCUCUACCUUUUUUCGCGCACGGAUAAAUUGAUUUCGUGGCAAGAGGUCACACAACAUGCUGAGACUGCGAAGGAGCGCGGAAUGGAUGUGCGUUGCGAGCUAUUUGAAGAGAGUGCACACGUAGCGCACCUCCAGGCCGAGCCAGAGAGGUAUUGGUCUUCAGUGCAGGAGAUUUGGGCUGUCGCAACCAAGGAGAAAAGCGAGCAUUAG